AAAGGGUAACUAGUGUGACUACAUAUGUAGACCUUUUUCUUUUGUAUGUCACUAUUUUAACUGGGUUUUUUUAAAGGUUCAGCCCCAAGGGUGUACAGCUGCCCAAGACAUUUUGCAGUUUGAAGGAUAAGACUGUUUUCCCUCCCACCCCAUUUGCUAAAUCAGUUGGAUGGCCAACAAGAGUAUUCUUUUGAUGUCAUCAAAGGGACAGCAUCUUCAUUGGGCCUAUGGUCAGACCACUGACUGCCCUGUCCUGAAUAGCGUACUGCCCACCUCAUCCUGCCUAAUACCAAGGCUGGCUCUGACAUAGAAAGGGAAACACACAGCAUGGUCUCCUGUAAGCCAAAUUCAGUUGGUGUCGUCUUUAUUGACACAUUUAUUAGGGCUGGGAAUGGGUUUUGGCAGCAAUACAAAAGAGGGUUGCAACUGCUUUUUUCUGGGAUAUUCCGAAGCCCUGGAGUCCCCCGAAGCCCAUCCAAACAUUAACCCAACUGACCCUACUGAGCCUCUGAGUUUUGACAAGGCUGGUCGCACACUGCCAUCUGCUGAGACCAAUAUAGAUAAACAAGCUUCAAAAGGACUGGAAAGGAAAAAAAAUGGCACCAGGUUUAGGAAGACAAUUCUGCUAAAACAUAAGAGAGAGAGUGUGUAUGGAGGAAACACGGCUGAGUACAAUUGGUAUCACGCAUAACACAAACCACCCUGGGGUUUUUUAGUUAGCCUAAGCUUGUAGGAAUAUAAAAGCAAGGAUUCGAUCUACUGUAAUGUUCACAGAUCAACGUCUCCAUUUUGCAAAUAGAUUUGUACUUGCAACGAGCUCUUGAGACGGGAUUAAAUGGUUUUAUCCAAGUGGUGUUUUCUGAAUGACUUGAGUUGUGGGUCGGCUGAGAAUGUGUUGGUCCAAAGACCAAACGAAUAUAUACAUUUGCGAGCGUGACGCUUCCUCAAUCACGUUUGGCGCUUCCCGCUCCUUUCCGCGGAGAACUUCGACAGGGGUUGGACUGGAUGAUCUCCAAGGUCAUCUAUUAAUCUGUUAUCUUGGGCUCGUAGGGAUUUUUGAGUGGGCUCCCGUAAUUGCCAGCCGAUCACGUCUUUUGACCACCCCCGUGAGGAAAUAUAGUAGAACCCAACCGGCGGGCCACAGGUUCGAGUAGCCUGCUCAACCCCGCCUUCCUCUCCCCUUCACCCCGCUCUUUUCCGAGCCUCCCUUCGGGAUUGGAGCGGAGGCCUUCAGAGCCUCCUGACGGCCGCUGAGGUCUGCGAGCCGAUCUGCUCCUUGGGUCCGUCCCAGAGUUCCUUGCAGGCUCAGAAGCUCCGCCUUGCCGCUGUUUCUCCGAUAGGUGGCGCACCCGUUGGGGUCAUUUGAGGUUUAGCGCUGGAGUCGCUCGCCGUGUUUUAAACGCUGGGAGUCUCGGUGGGGCUACUGACGCCAGCGGAGGGGAAAGGGGCGGUGCCCGCAUUCUCGCGAAACGCUCCUCGCUCCGCGGCACGUGCCAGGACUCCGUUCAAGCUUGUCGCGGAGUGGCUGCGCUACCAAGCCAGUCCCACCUUUCGGCAGGCACAGCCAAUCACCGCACGAGCAACUCAAAGCAGUCAUGAAUAAUAAGUGUCUCCCGGGCCCUCGGAGGCGCGCCGAGGGAAGGGGCGCAUGCGCUCUUGUCAGCUCCAAGGGGGCAACGGUGGAUUUAAUUAUUUUUUUUCUUUUCCGCGGCGUCCGCUCCAUUGGCGUCGCUUCUCGCCUCCUUCUUCCCUCUGGGUCUCCUGGGGGAGGGGGAGCUCGAGCUCAGCCGAUCGGCCCCCUACGCGUUAAUAGCAUGUCCAGCCGCGCCGCGCCUCAGGAGGUGGCAGCGGACACCGCGGGAGCCGUGCAGCAAGAACGGGGUCCGACGGGCGCUUUCCCUUUGGUGCUGAAGAAACUGAUGGAAAAUCCUCCGCGGGACUCACGCCUGGAUAAAGAGAAAAAGGAAAAACUUGAGGAAGAUGAAGCAGCAGCUGCAAGUACAAUGGCAGUCUCUGCCUCUCUCAUGCCUCCCAUUUGGGAUAAAACUAUUCCUUAUGAUGGGGAGUCUUUUCAUCUGGAAUAUAUGGAUCUUGAUGAAUUCCUGUUGGAAAAUGGAAUCCCUUCCAGUCCUGCUCAUCUAGAUCUGAAUCAGAAUCCCCUCCUGCCUGUGGCUGAACUGGAAGGAAAAGAACCUUCCACUGUUGUUGCUACUCCACCUGCAUCAUCUUCCACAGUGGUUUUCAAUCUAUCAGAAACGACCAAAAACUCAGAAUCCUCUCCAGAUGAUGAAAGGUUGACUCCUAGCCCUGUUGAUCCAGAUUGUGUUGAGAUUGAUGUGAAUUUCAACCCUGACCCUGCUGAUUUAGUGCUGUCCAGUGUGCCUGGAGGAGAGCUCUUUAAUCCUAGAAAGCAUAAGUUUGCUGAAGAGGACUUGAAACCACAGCCUAUGAUUAAAAAAGCCAAGAAAGUCUUUGUCCCAGAUGAUCAAAAGGAUGAAAAAUAUUGGACACGGCGGAAGAAAAAUAACGUGGCAGCCAAACGAUCUCGGGAUGCUCGGCGCCUAAAAGAGAAUCAAAUCACAAUCCGAGCUGCUUUUCUGGAGAAGGAGAACACAGCCUUGAGGACCGAAGUUGCAGAACUACGGAAAGAAGUGGGAAAAUGCAAGAAUAUUGUCUCUAAAUAUGAGAGCAGAUAUGGAUCCUUUGACUUAUCCGAUUCCGAAUGAUGCAUCUUUAAAGACUCUUAAAAUCACAAAGAAACUAAACACUACACAUGAAACCACCUGCCAUCAAAGUGAACAGUGAGACACAUGAGGUAUUCUACACAAACCAUCUCAUCUGAUGACUCUGCUUCUCUGCAAGUAUCUCCUAGAACUACCUAAGGGCUGAGCAUGAUGAAAAGACUAAGAUUUCUAAUUCUACACUUCCCUUUGUACUGCUCUUUUCCUUGUUGUGGCAAUUUGCAGUACAUUGUUUAUUUCUUUUCAACCAUUUGUGGUGCUUGUGAUUCGGAAUAUAACCUGAGCAAGCCUUGGCUUUGCAAGGUAACUCUUAGGAGGAAAGAACACAUUUUAUUUGAAAAUCCCUUCACUAAAUAAAAAAGUUAAACAUUCUGUUUUAGUCUAGAAAGGGGUAUUGAUAUUGCCUCCAAUCAUUAUUAAGUAAUAAUAUUGUUCAAACAGAAAAUAUAAGAAAUGGACCAGAAUAUAUCCAAUAUCAAUAUCCAAUUCAAUAUCCAAUCAGUGAAAAAAAACAAGCACCUUAACAUGCACUGCAUAUUAUCAAAUGUUGGCAGCUGUUUCUGUCAUUCAUAAUCGUUGACAUUAGGUCUUCUUUCACUCAUGAGGGCCGCACUGAUCUGAAACUGCCCUGCCCCUGUGUCCUGUCAGUCUGUGGACUUUGAGAAACUGAAUGGAUUAACUAUUACUCCUGUGGUGGAGCAAGAGGAAAUCCUGCAAUAAUCAUUUGUAGGGUUUCUUUGCGUGGUGGUGGUGGGGAGGGGAAACAGCUAGCUUUCCAUUGUUGGAUCUCAUGCUGUGGGAAUUCUUCCCUACUGCCACCAAUCUCCAGUUUUUUCAGGGGCAGUAUUACUGUUCCCACUGGUUGAUAUGGGUUGUGGGCUGUCUGCCAUUUUUUGGGCCCUUCCACUAAUCAUCCUGAGGAAUGCAGGUCUAAUUCAUGGUGGUCAGAGCAGAGUUUUCAGGAUUGCUACUCAGGAUAGAGUAGGAGAGAUGAGAUAGAUUUGUGCAAGCAUCCCAAGAUUUCUAAACUAGCAUUUUUCCUUUCUGACAUCUGACAAUACUCUGGUGUGAUUACUGUGCUGAUGAGCUGAUGCAUUUUCACAGUAUGCUCUUUGUAAUAAACAGUGUAGUUUGUCCUUGUUUUUCUGAACAUACUUUUAACCGUAGUAUUUAAUAAAAAACAUUAAAAUUAAUAAAGGGCAGAUUAAAAAGAUGUAAGAUGCAAUAAUUUAGUCCACAUUUUCUCUAUUUUACAUGGAGAGAGAGAUGAGAACUCAAUGUCUAAUUUUCUUUAUUCAGUGAAUCAUUUAGUUUGUAUUAGCCCAUCAAAGGAGGGGUAGUUUUUUAGAUUUCUGAAUUGCAAAUGAUGAUGAUAAUGAUGAUGAUGAUGAUGGAAUUAUUUGUUAUCUUUCUUAACAUUUCCUAAAGAAUUUGUGAACUUUCAUAAAAGUUUCAUUUAGAACUAUAAUACUAUCAUGGAGAAUAAUGAAAUAUAAUUCUGACGCAUGCCUGUCAAGUUGCAGAAAUAGUUGAUAAACCACAUAGCAAAGGUCGAAUGGUGAUAUGGGAAUUACAACUCUGUGGAAAUUAGAGUUGUAAUCUACAUUAAAUUGUAGUGUAUCAAAAUAAUACAUAUUUGGAUUUAUUUAUUAAUGACGAACACUCAGUUAAAGUUAUUUUAAAAGCAUAUAAAAGAUGAACAUUGCUGUUUCCAGUAUAGUUCUAAGGUAAAGUAAAAGCUUUACUUUUACUUUAAAAAUCGAGCCCACCUCCUGGCAAUUUCAUGAACUUAUCCACACUUUUCAUUUUAGAAUACAGACUAUUUUUUCCGCCUCAUAGGCUAGCUUAUAGACUUGGUAUUGCUUGGUAAUUUCCAGUCCUGAUGCUAACAAGAUCCUGUUUAGCUUUCCAGGUCAACCAAGGUAGGCUAGAACUUGUCUUUCCUAAAAUGCAGAUUUUAUUGUUUCUAAUUAGUAAGCAAAUAAAGAUGCUGUUUCAAAUUCUAUGAAUGAGGACUGUAAAAAUCUGAGAAAAUUAGUAUAAAUUUGAACAAAAUAAUCAUAAUAUCAAUCAUCUCAUGCUUCUCUAAAGACUGUGCUGAAAUUCUUAUAACUUGCAUUUGGUACCAGAUUUCUAAUAACUAUGAUACAAAUGCAGCUUAUAAUAAUCUAUGUGUCAGAUUUCAUUAAAUUCUCUUUCUAUAGUUUGUGAAGAUUUUAUGAAUGAACAACAUAGUAUAAUCUAGCAAAGAUUGUAAGAAUAUGUUAAAUAAUAUUGUAUAUAUUUAUGUAACUAAAAAUCUUCAGUAGCAAAAAUACUAUUAAUUAUUUAUGGCCUGCACAUAUAGGCCUUCAGUAGUGUAGCAUGCUAUGUUUGAAUAUCAUGCUAUAAAAAUAUAUAUACAACAGAAAAAUUGCAGUAUUUGACUUGCUUUUUAGUUGCUUGGAAGUCUUACAAUCACUUUAUAUUGAACUACAAAACUAUGUAAAAUUAUAUAACAAUUUCUGAAUUUUGUUAGAAAUAACAUUGUCCCAAUUAAAAACAAAUUUUAGAAAAUUAAGAGAAACUAAAUUAAGAGAAAAUGUAUAGAUCAUAAGCACAAAUAGGUCUACCAUCUUUUGUAACUUCAUCUUGGUAAUUCCAUUGUGGCAGAAAAACAUAUAUAUACUUAGUAUUAUGUAUCCAAAUAAGUAAUGGAAAAUGAAGGCAGUAUAGUAGAUGUGAAAAUUCUUCUUUAUAAACUAGUAUGAUCUACAGUAGACAAUAGGAAAAAUUUGUGAGCAACAAUGAGUUUUGUAUGGGUAUUCAGGUUUUAUUCACCUAUCACUGAAUAGCCCACAUGUUAUGAAAUUUAGUCCGGGGGUGAAAAAUUCAUGAAAUAAUACAGGAAUCUAAGUGAUUUUGAGGGCAUUCUAGACAAAAUUGCAAAAUAUUUCUUAAAGAAAUUUGAAUUCACAAAAUAGAAAGAAAUGUCUACUAGUACUGUUUUACUUGUUUAGUAGGAAAUGUGUGUUUUUAGAGUUUACUAUGCCUGCCAUGCAUUAUCUUUUUUCCUCAGUUUUCCUUAAGAUUUCAAAUGAAAGACCGUGAGAAGAAAAACAUUUUAAAAAUAUUUAAAACAAUGUAUGUCAUAGGGAUCUUUCUAUAUGAAACAUUGCCAUUACAGAUAUUUUCUUUUGCACUCUACUAAAUACCAGCUACCAAAUAUUUGAGUUUUUUGACAAAAGGGGUAAUAGUGAUACUGGGAGUUUUAGCCAUCUCAUUUAGUCAGUUUAGUCAUUGGUUUCCCUUUGCUUUUUUACCAUUUUGUCUAUAUUUAUCAUUUCAAUAACAACCAGAUACAUAAUACCGUAGUAAUUUGAUACCAUAAAUCAGUAACUCAUUACAGUGGAGAAUAACAUAUCCCUUUUUAUUCAAUUGUAUCCAUCUACCUGUUCUAACAUUUUUAAAAAAUUAUAAACUAAUAUUCUUAAAUAAUUGAUUUGAGUAGGCAUAGCAUAGUAUUUUUUUUAAUUGAAUAUUUGUGUGAAUCUUCUACUUUGGUUUGUCUUAAAGGAGUUUUUGCAGUUCUCUGUGAUCUCUGUACAGAUUUUGUUUGAAAUUUUGAUAGAGUCUCAGUUUGGUAUAAUUCAUUCAAGAAAUAGUUGAUGAGAGAGUUGGCUUAUAUUGUGAAGUCUGAAGCUUCUUGAAGCUUUGAUAUUUAAUCUAUGUUAUCUUUGUUGCCAUUUUGUAUGAUUGCAAAAAAAUCAGCGAAAUCUCUAGCUUUUUAAAAGUACAGUAUAUAUUUAUUGGCAAUUUUUCUAUGUCCUUUUUGAGCUAUAUUUUAUUGUGCUGCCUGUAAUAAUCAGGUAUUUUAGAUAUAGAAAGUGGAAGCGAAUAAGCAGGAAAGCUUGCAAAUAUAUUAUUAAAAUGUUAGAAAAAUAUUCUUUGAAUAACCAAAAGUAGCUGAUGCUGCACUCUAAUACUCUUGCUUUGGGUAUUUUGUUUGCUUGUUUUUGAUUUAAAAAAUCUCCAAAUAUUCGCUAAUCAAAUCAGUUCAUUUGCAUUUUAACAGUUCUUUUUUUCAAUACACAAGUGAAAUGCAUUUACAUCCAACUCCUUUACAGCUUUUAUUACAGUACAGGUAGUCUUUGAUUUAUGACCAUUCAUUUAGCAAUCAUAUAAAAUUACAAUGGUGCUGAAACAAAAUGAUUUAUGACUGGUCCCUGAACUUAACAAUUCUCCCCUUGGUCAUGUGAUUGCAAUCUAGAGCGCUUGGUAACUGGCUCACACUUUCAACAUUUAUGGCAUCCCAUAGUCAUGUGAUCACCACUUGCAUCCUUCUCAGCUGACUUCCGAUAAGGAAAGUCAAGGGGGAA